AUGCCACGAUUCGGCCGACCAAGGUCCAUCAAGAGAUACAGCUCAACGUCGUCGUUGUCGCGUGUGGGCGAAGAGCGUUACAUCGAAACUGGCCAAGAGAGUCCCAAGACUAUGCCGAAGAAACGGAAGAAACUGCAAAAGUUCAACAGACCUCGCGCCAAGAGCGGCAGCAACGGCGAUAUGUUAGGCGGCAGAUGGCUACAAGCAGCAGCGCAACGAUCGGUGCAGUGGUGGCGACAGUGCAGAGGUAGGAGACACAGCCUGGAAGCACGAAGACAGCAGAAACCUCGACUACUAGUUUCGUCACCGAUGCAUGUCGACAGCAGUCAGACGGCCUUGGUUUAUAGCGCAUUGCCUGUUCUCCCGGAGCUGGGAUCCGGGCCACCGCAUAGGCGCAAGCUGGGAUUGCAAUGGGAGGCGUUGGGGAGUCAUCCCAUCUGGAGGACAGGUGAAAGCCAGGACGAGCGUUGA